AUGGCACCAAGGUCUGCUAGAGGGAAGUCUAAUAAGGGGAAGGGAGAGAAGAAGAAGAAAGAAGAGAAAGUUGUUCCUAGUGCCAUAGACAUCACUGUCAUAACUCCAUAUGAAUCACAAGUUGUUCUUAAGGGCAUCUCUACUGAUAAGAUACUUGAUGUGAGGAGGCUAUUGGCAGUGCAUGUUGAAACAUGCCACCUUACCCACUACUCUUUGUCUCAUGAGGUGAAAGGGCAGAGACUGAGUGAGAGAGUAGAAAUUGUGAGUCUAAAACCAUGUUUUCUCAAAAUAGUUGAAGAGGACUACGCUGAGGAAUCCCAGGCGGUGGAUCACGUGCGGAGACUCCUAGACAUCGUAGCCUGCACCACCAGGUUCGCCAAGUCCCGACGCUCGCCAUCAGUCCCACCAGAUACCUCCAAAUCGAAGAAGAACAGCAUUAGGGCCCACCACAACAAUGCACGUGGCGCAUCGUCUCCACCGUCAGAUGGAAGUGGAGCCCAGACGUCGACACCGUCGGAGUCCUCCUCGAUUUCGGCAGCGAUAUCGGAGAGCAUGGACAUGACGGCGAUUCAUCCACCACCGAAACUCUCCGAGUUCUACGACUUCUUCUCCUUUUCUCACCUUUCUCCUCCUGUGCUGUAUAUGAGGAGAUGUGAUCGCAAUGCGGAAGAAUGGCGUGACGGUGACUAUUUUGAGAUUCAGAUUAAGAUCUGCAAUGGGAAGCUAAUACAAGUAGUUGCAUCAGUAAAAGGGUUCUAUACUGUUGGAAAGCAGUCUUUCCAAAGCCAUUCCCUGGUAGAUCUUCUUCAAAAUUUGAGCCGAGCUUUUGCCAAUGCAUAUGAGUCCCUUAUGAAAGCUUUCAUAGAACAUAAUAAGUUUGGAAAUCUUCCAUAUGGAUUUCGUGCAAAUACAUGGCUUGUUCCUCCAUCUGUUGCCGAGAAUCCAUCAUACUUCCCAUUCCUUCCUGCUGAAGACGAGAAUUGGGGUGGCAGUGGUGGAGGACAGGGGAAAAAUGGUGAGCAUGAUCUUCGACAAUGGGCCACAGAUUUUGCAGCUUUGGCUAGCCUUCCUAGUAAAACUGAGGAGGAAAGGGUGAUUCGAGACCGUAAAGCCUUUUUGCUUCAUACCCAAUUUGUCGAUGUUUCAAUUUUCAAAGCUGUUGGAGCUAUUCGUAGUCUCAUUGAUUCCAAAGACACAAAACAUAAUCAUCCAGGCUCAAUUUUGCUCAAGGAUCGCAUAGGUGACUUGUCCAUUACAGUAAAACGCGAUACGACUGAUGCUAGCUUCAAGCUUGAGGUAAAAGCCCACAGCAAUCCAUUGUCUGGUAUCUCAGCCAAGGAAGUUGCUCAAAGGAAUUUGCUUAAAGGCUUAACUGCAAAUGAGAGUGUAGUUGUUCAUGAUACAUCCUCGAUUGGCAUUGUCGUCGUAAGACAUUGUGGAUACACGGCAACUGUGAAAGUUGUUGGUGACGUGAAGAAGGGGAUAUCUGGUGCUCCAGACAUUGAAAUUGAAGAUCAAACAGAUGGAGGAGCUAAUGCUCUUAAUGUUAACAGCUUAAGGGUUCUGCUUCACAAGUAUUCCAUCACCGAAUCAUCUGGAGUUCAGGAACCUCUGUGCAACUUAGAUGAUUUAGAAGCUUCUAGAUGCCUUGUUCGAAGAGUUCUAAAAGAUAGUUUGACAAAGUUGGAUGAGAAGCCUCUUGCUUCUGUAAGGCCCAUUAGGUGGGAACUUGGUUCUUGUUGGGUGCAACAUUUACAAAAGCAGGAACCUCCUACGGACAACAAUUCUAGAGGAUGUCAGGAUGAUUCUGUGGCUGAGCAUGCUGUCAAAGGCCUUGGAAAUCAAUUUAAAUAUUUGAAGAAAAGGGAUAAGAUAGUGAACGAAACACCCAACAAGGAAGAGGCUGAUUCUGAAGGAUGCCACCUGAAUGCUCGACUUGAUACAGGAGAUCGCAGCAAUGGUGGGUCUACAGGUGAAGGUGAUGCUGAAUUGAAGAAACUGCUUUCUGAGGAAUCCUUUUUGCGUUUAAAAGAAUCUGGUACCGGUCUUCAUGAAAAGUCGGUAGAUGAGCUUACCCAAAUGGCACACAUAUAUUACGAUGAUAUUGCAUUGGCCAAGCUGGUGACAGAUUUUGGGUCACUUGAACUUUCUCCAGUUGAUGGCCGCACACUGACAGAUUUCAUGCAUUUAAGGGGACUACAAAUGCGCUCAUUGGGUCGUGUGGUUGAACUUGCAGAUAAACUUCCUCACAUACAAUCACUUUGCAUUCAUGAGAUGGUUACUCGAGCUUUUAAGCAUGCUGUGAAGGCAGUGGUGGCAUCUGUUGAAAAUGUAAGAGACCUACCGGCUGCCAUUGCUGCAUCUCUGAAUUUCUUACUUGGGUACUGUGGAGCGGAAGAUAAGGACAAAGGCUCAAAUGAUGACCAUCUCACAUUGCGGUGGCUACAAAAAUCCCUUGCCAGAAGAUUUGGUUGGGAACUUAAAGAUGAGUUUCAGCACUUGAGGAAAUUUACAAUUCUCAGAGGACUUUGCCAUAAGGUUGGCUUGGAGUUGGUUCCGAAAGAUUAUGAUAUGGAAUGCCCUAACCCUUUCACAAAAUAUGAUGUCAUCAGCAUUGUUCCUGUGUGUAAGCAUGUAGUUUGCUCUUCAGCCGAUGGACGAACUCUUUUGGAGUCAUCCAAGGUUGCUCUUGAUAAGGGAAAGCUAGAGGAUGCUGUUAACUAUGGAACAAAGGCAUUGACUAAGAUGAUAUCUGUCUGUGGCCCCUACCAUCGAACUACUGCGAGUGCCUACAGUCUUCUGGCUGUAGUACUUUAUCACACUGGAGAUUUUAAUCAGGCUACUAUAUAUCAGCAAAAGGCGUUGGAUAUUAAUGAGAGGGAACUUGGGCUUGACCAUCCAGAUACAAUGAAAAGCUAUGGGGAUCUUUCCGUUUUUUAUUAUCGCCUUCAACACAUUGAAUUGGCUCUGAAAUAUGUAACCCGUGCUUUAUUCCUACUACACUUUACUUGUGGGCUUUCUCAUCCAAACACUGCUGCGACAUAUAUUAAUGUUGCUAUGAUGGAAGAGGGCAUGGGAAAUGUUCAUGUUGCUCUCAGAUACCUGCAUGAAGCUCUCAAAUGCAACCAAAGAUUAUUAGGAGCAGAUCAUAUACAGACAGCUGCUAGUUACCAUGCCAUAGCCAUAGCUCUUUCGUUAAUGGAAGCAUAUUCCCUAAGUGUUCAACAUGAGCAAACAACCCUUCAGAUACUUAAAGCAAAACUUGGACCAGAGGAUCUUCGUACUCAGGAUGCUGCUGCAUGGCUCGAGUACUUUGUAUCAAAAUCCCUAGAGCAGCAGGAAGCAGCACGGAAUGGAACUCCAAAGCAAGAUGCAUCUAUCGCAAGCAAAGGUCAUCUUAGUGUAUCAGAUCUCCUUGAUUUCAUAAGUCCUGAUCAAGAUUCUAAAGGGGCUGAUGCACAGAAGAAACAACGACGUGUGAAGGUACUGCAGAGCAGUGAUAAUGGUUGUCCGCCACAUUAUGACGUAAAUACAGAAGAUUUUAUGCUCCUUGAUGGCUUGGAAAACACUGCAGUCAUGGAGAAUGGUAGCGUGGAAGAAGCAAACGUGAGCAUGGCUCAUCCUGAAUCAGAAGAUAUUCAGCAUACCAUUGGAUACAGGUUGAGUGUUACAAGUGAAGUAACUGAAGUAACAAAUUCAGAUGAAGGGUGGCAAGAAGCCAAUCCAAAAGGACGGUUAGGGAACACUUCUGGGCGUAAGACAGGAAGGAAGCAAUCAGUGCUUACAAAACUAAAUGUAAAACGAUCUGAGCAUUCGAAAUUUAGAGACAGCAGCUAUAGACAGGAAAUUAGUUCGCCAGCACAGAAAGCCAAUUCAAGGACUCUAACCACUGAGCUCAUGCCACCUAAGCCGUCAAAGAAUUGUGAAUUAAGUGCUCUAGUGGAUGCAUCUAAACUGCUGUCCAAAAAUGCUCCUCUGUCUAAUGUUUCCUCUGUUUCAGCAAAUCUCACUCCUUUGGCUUCAAAAUCUCUAUCUUACAAAGAAGUUGCUGUGGCACCACCAGGUACAGUUUUGAAGCCAUCAUUGGAGACAGAAGAAUAUUCAAAUAAGGAGAAAACUGAAGCACAGUUGUCUGGCAUUCCCCCUGAGUCAUCUAACGAGGUAGAGUGCAACGAUAUUCGUAAUGUUGAUAGUGUACUAUAUGAUAGUGAAACCGAAGGGACUCAUGAAGGUGAAACUCAGUCAGAAAAAACCAAGCCAGAACCAGAGGACAGUCCCUCUUCCACCAUUCAGGAGAAGCCCUUAGAAACUAAUGGAUGUAAGCUUUCUGCCGCAGCUGAACCAUUCAAUCCAGGCUCACUUUCAAUGGUUCAGCCUCUAAACCCAGCUGCUGUCACAAGUAUUUAUGACGUAAGAGUUGGUCAAGGCAUGCUUGUGGAGCCCAGUGCACCAUCAGUUGCUGCUAGAGUUCCUUGUGGUCCAAGAUCGCCCCUGUAUUAUAGAACUAGUCAUUCAUACCGCAUGCAACAAGGUUACCAAAAGUAUCGAACUCCCAUAUCUGAGAGAAUUCUUCCGGGGCCGCCUCCUCAAAUCAUGAACCCUCAUGCACCUGAGUUUGUACCUAAGAGAACUUGGCAGAGCAGUCUUGAAAAUGGAGAUUCAAAUGUUUCGACUGAGCUGAACUCAGUGAUUCAACGGAGCAAGGCAGAAGAGGAGAAACUUGAUGAGAAACCUAAUAAAGAAGCCAAAGGUGGUCUGAGAAAGUGCAGCUCUGAGGCUGAGAAAUCAGAACUUGCCAGGCAGAUACUGCUUAGCUUCAUCGUAAAAUCGGUCCAUCAAAAGGUGGAUCCUGCAAGUGGAUCUUCUACCAGGGACAAGGAGAUUGGAAGUUCUGAAAAUUCUUCUGAUGCCAUUGCAAAUGACAGCGCAAUUAUAAAAAUUCUUUACAGAAACGAGGAGGGAAAAACAAACUUGGUCUCUCAGUCCAGUGAUUGCGAGCAACCAAAGACCUCAGAUGUAAAUAAGACGAAACAUGGGGAUGGUGAAGGAUUUACAGUUGUUGCAAAGCGAAGAAGAAAAAGACAGCAGUUCACAAAUGGCGUGAAUGAGUUGUACAAUCAGCAAUCAGUAUGUGCUUCUGUUCGUUGAAGAGAGAGAGUUUGGAGAACCUAGUGAAAGGAAGGCGUUGCAUACCAGGUUUUUUGUGUAUUAAGAGAAAUUUUAUUCGUAAUCAGUGUUUAAUUUUAGUAAUCUGCAAUCCCUUUUGGGAUGUUCUAAUAAUUGUAAACAAACAUAGCAAUUUUUUCUUUUCAGAGUUAUAGUCAGCUUAAUAAAAUUCUUAAUUACAUGUCAAACAAUUACUUCCUUGCCAUUAUCGUUU